AUGCCCAGCUGCAUGCCGGUGCACCGUGUGCUUCAACCAGGCAGACAGAGCUCCCGCUUGGGAAUCCUCCGCUCCUUCGCCACCUCCACCCGCCACCAGGUGAAAAACAAAGUCCGUGAGCAUCAGAAGCUCUUCCAGGAGGAUAACGGCCUGCCUGUGCAUCUGAAGGGGGGCACCCUGGAUUCGUUGCUGUAUCGAUUCACGAUGACCAUCACUGUCGUUGGCUCCUGUUACUCUGUCUUCUCGCUGGUCAAAGCUGCUUUCCCGCAGAAGAACAAAUGAGAUGGCAGCAUGGAUGUCCCCAAAGUAGCUGGUCCCCUCUCUCCUGUCCCACGGGGGCCGAUCGGGGCUGGAAGCUGAGAGCAGCGAGCCAUGCUCCGUAAGCAAACCCCAAUGCUCAGAAAUCAACCAAAAAGCACCUUGAAAAACUGUCCCAGAAUAAAACACCCCCCUUGGGAGUGCAGGAGGAGAGAAGGGUGGGUCUACAGUGAGCACAAUGAAGCGAGCAUUGUUUCUUUCCAAAUACAGAUAAUAAAAGUGAUUGAAUGACUCUCCACAGCUGCUGGGCUGGA